AUGAUCUGCCGGGAAGCUAUUCAAGGUGCCACCAAGAGCUUUUAUUGCAGUGCGGAUGGUCAGCACGUGGACGCUAGCAGUCCAGCUCCUCUUGGCUGUGCCAUCCCUCUUGCAGCAGCUGCGAUUCUUUGCAAUCUGGCUGUUGUUGGAGGGCUAGUUUGCGUCGGGCGCUUUGCUUGGCAAUCUGGGGGAGCCACAGACAGAGACGUGGAGCUGCAGCGCGCGAGCCUCAUUGCAGACUUGCGGAUCUGGCGCAGCUUCAGCGCCAAGGUCCUUUUGAUGGCCGGGUUGACGUACCUGGUUGCCGGGCCUGCUUGUGCGGGGCUGGCCAAACUGGCCUUGAUCUUCCUCGCCACGGGUUUCAUCACCCUGUACGCCACUGCGCUGUUUUUCGAUCAGGACUUCGAUCAGGUGCGGAUGUCGCCAAGACUCUUCAGAUUUCUUGUCGUCUAUGUCCUGGUCGGUGUGACCUUCACUGCUCUUGCGUCUGGGGCCACCCAGAGAGAGGGAGGAGCAACAGCGAAGAAAGGCCUUGCCGACUCCCGCGACCCUGGUGAGACCAACGGUCUCGGCGCGAGCGUUGUAGGUCCUGGUGACUCGGACUAUUUCGCAGAUGUUUGCACCGCCUUGGGCUGGCAGCAAGUUGCUCCCCCCAGGUGCACUAUUCCAUUGGAUUUUGCCUCCGGUGUGUCACUUUGGUGGGCAGCAUCGCCAGUUUUUGCGGUGCUGCUGCCGAUGCCCCGGGACUCCAGUCUGGCUGGAGGCGCCUACCGACGCUUUCUGCAGCGAUGGCGGAAGCACAUUGACGGAGCCGUGUUGCUCGUCCUGAUUUCACUUCUUGCCCUGUGCCAUCGACCGUGCGCUCGCCUGGCACCAAUUGCCUAUGGCAAUGCCGAGAUGGGAGCUUGGGGUGUGUCACUGCUGACACUCCUGCGCCGUGUGUCCCCUCUUGGCUGUGAUGGGUGGAGGGGUCCCUUGUCGCACUUGCGCAACCCGCCACCAAGACAGGUUCCGGUGCAAUGCUCCGUCUGUCUGCAGGACUUGCAGGCCACAGAGGACUUGUGCCAGACGGCAUGUGGCCAUGAAUUUCACCGCAGUUGCUUGGAGGACUGGGUUCAUUCAAAGAGAUGGCAUCAUCCUGGUUGUCCUCUAUGCCGUGAAUCCUUGGUCAAGGAGGACUCGGACCCAGCGCACCUACUGCUGACGCGCGAGUGGCUUUUUUUAAAUUGA